GAACAGUUAGAAGCAUAGGGGCAGAUCCAGAAUAAGAAUAGCAUGUCUCAUCUUAAGAUCCACUCUCUGUUGGUGACCGGAUCCAACCGGGGGAUCGGAUUAGAGUUCGUGAAGCAAUUUUUAAAGAGACCAAAUCCUCCAGAUAAAAUAUUUGCCACCUGCAGAGACCCUGAUGGUCCACGGAGCCAGGAAUUAAAGAAAUUGGCUGAAAAGCAUUCAAAUGUCAAACUGAUCAAGCUCGAUGCCACUGACCCCAAGAGCAUUAUCGAAUCCGCGAAGCAUGUGGAGAAGCAUUUGAAUGGACGGGGACUGGACCUGUUGAUCAACAAUGCUGGCGUGGCCCCCCCAAACACCCUGCACACGCAGACCGCAGAGGACAUGAUGGAAGUCUACAAGGUUAAUGUGGUGGGACCCAUGCUGGUGUCUCAGGCGUACUACAAUCUGCUGAAAAAAUCUGCCAAGUCCAAUGGAUUUUCAGCCAUCGUUCAUAUAUCCACUCUAGGCGGCUCCAUUGCAGAUGUCCCUUUGUUAUUUGAACAAUUCCCAGUGAUUUCAUAUCGCUGCAGCAAGGCUGCCUUGAACAUGCUGUCAAGAUGCCAAGGAGAAGGAUACAAGCAGGAUAACAUUAUGUCCAUAGCUAUACAUCCUGGCUGGGUUCAGACCGAUUUGGGAGGUGAAGGGGCAUUACUGACAACAGAAACCAGCGUUGUGGGAAUGCUGAAGGUUAUCUAUGCCCUCACCAUGGACCAAAGUGGCACCUUUGUUGACUGGGAAGGAAAGCCUAUGAGAUGGUGAUUGCAGAGACACACGAGGAGCGUGAUUUCACAGCUUACUUGUAAAGAUGCGUCUAUUUCCUAUUAAUCACUGCGUUAGUACAAAUUAUCUGAAUAUAAUAUUGAAUGAUAAGAUUCUUUAUAUUUUUUUUUAUACUUCCUAUAUAAAAUAAAUAAGUGUUGCAGCUCAGAA